AUGUCCUCGUCUCGCAGACAUCGGCCGAGCCGGUCGAACAUUAUGUUCACCAACGCCGUCUACUUUCCCAACUACGCGAUCUAUAACGGCGACACGCCCGCCCAGCUCAACUACAGCUGCAUCAGCCUGGUCUACUACGCCUUUGCCAAAGUCAACGAGGCCGGGCAUAUCAUGCUGGGUGAUGAAUGGGCCGAUGCCACGGUCGCUUGUGACGGCGCACACGGCGCUGUCGGCUCGUUGCUGCACCUCAAACAGCAACACCCUCACCUUCAGGUCGUUCUCUCCGUCGGCGGCAACGCCUCCACGCCCUUUUACCCGUCCGUCGCCGCCAGCCCCGUGUUACGAGACAACUUUGCCCGCUCUGCCCUCGGCCUGAUCGAAGCCUCGGGCCUCGACGGCAUCGACAUCAGCUGGACCUUUCCGUCGGAUCCCCAGCAGGCCGCCGACUUUGUGUCGCUGCUCGCCCAGAUCCGCAUGCACUUUGGCGAAGACCGCUACUACCUGACGGCCACGCUGCCCGCCAGCACCAACGACCUGGCCGCCUACGACCUCGUCCAGAUCGCCAACUGCGUCGACCUCGUCAACCUCGCCGCCUACGACCUCUACGGCAGCUGGUCCCCCCGCGCCGGCCACCAUGCGCAGCUGUAUGCGGUCGGCAAGGACGAGCCCUCGGGCGCCUCGUCGGUGCAGUUCCUCAUGGCCAACGGCAUGCCCGCCAAGAAAAUCCUCGUGGGUGUGCCCAUGUACGGCCGCUCCUUUGUCGGGCCCAACACCACGGGUCCCGGCCACAAGUUUGUCAGCGUCGCCCCGGAGGGCAGCGACGGCACGUUUGAGUAUCGCGACCUCCCGCGCCCGCAAACGCGCGAACACGUCGACAAACGCGUUGUGGCCGCCCAGUGCGUGGGCGGCGACGGCGGCUUUGUCAGCUACGACAACCCGGACACGGUGCGCAUCAAGGCCGCCUUUUGCAAGCAAAAGUCGCUCGGCGGCAUGUUUUACUGGGGCGCCCCGUUUGACAGCAAGGACAGCAAACGGAGUCUCAUUGCGACGGGUUUCCGAACGCUUCAUGGGUCGUGA